AUGGUGUUUCAUCUCCAACUUAUGUUUUUCCUGUCCCUCGUGAGCUUGGUUUGUGUCUAUGAUGUAAGAUGUUCUGAUGUGAAACUGGUGAAUAAUGGUUAUGAAAAUGUCGUCAUUGCUAUUAACCCUGGAAUACCAGAGGAUCCAAUGCUCAUUACAAAAAUUCGGGAAAUGGUGAGAUCAGCUUCAAACUUCUUGUACAAAGCCACCAAACAUCGAGCCUAUUUCCGAGAUGUGAAAAUCCUAUUGCCCAUCACCUGGAGUUCACAGCCCCACUAUCAGAGACCAAGCACCCAGUCUUAUGAAAAGGCUAAUAUGAUCAUUGCUAACCCACAUACUCAGUAUGGAGAUGACCCAUACACUCUGCAGUAUGGCCAAUGUGGUGACAAGGGCCGGUACAUUCACUUUACCCAAAACUUCAUGCUAGAUGACGCCCUGAUCCAAGUUUAUGGUGAAAGAGGUCUUGUAUUAGUCCAUGAAUGGGCUCACCUUCGGUGGGGAGUGUUUGAUGAAUACAAUGACCUGGUACCCUUUUAUGCUGUUGGCGAUACAUAUGAGGCAACCAGGUGUUCAAAGGAAAUGAAAGGAUUAAAAGUCUCUUGUACUGGGGGUACCUGUGGUGCCUGUGAUCGCAGCACAGGGCUCCCAGACGCUGACUGUAACUUCUUUCUAGACCAGAACCAAGUGACAUCAUCUUCAAUAAUGUACACAACAGGAUUACCAGGGGUGGUUGACUUCUGUGACAAUAAGACACACAACCGUGAAGCUCCGAACAUGCAAAACAAAAUGUGCAGUGAAAGGAGCACUUGGGAUGUGAUCAGCAAAUCGGACGAUUUCAAGAACAACCAUCCAACUAAUAUCGCUUCACUUGAGCCAAAGUUUACCUUCCUGCAUGCCAAAGACCGAGUGUUAUGUUUAGUUCUUGAUACUUCGGGAAGCAUGAGUACGGGAAAUCGAAUUCAAAGGCUUCAACAAGCGGCUGGGAUAUUUUUACUCCAGAUCAUUGAAGAUCAAUCACAUGUUGGCAUAGUUGGUUUUGACAGUUCUGCCACUGUGAUUCACGAAUUGACAGUAAUUGAGAGUGAGGACACAUGAAAAAAGCUGAAAAAUCUUCUACCCAAAAUAGCUAGUGGUGGAACAAACAUUUGUGCAGGGAUUCGAGCUGGUUUUCAGGUACUUCGUGGUGAUGAUGGUGCUACAAAUGGUGAUGAAAUUGUUUUGCUGACUGAUGGGGAGGACAGUGGGAUAAGCAGUUGUUUCUCGGAGGUGAAACAAAGUGGUGCAGUUAUCCACACGAUAGCAUUAGGACCGAAGGCAGCCAAAGAAUAGUUGUCAUCAAUGACAGGCAUGUGACAUUUAAAAUGUUUUGCUGAUCAAGAAUUAAACCUCAGUAGAGUCAUAGAAAUGUACAGCACGGAAACAGACCGUUCAGUCCAAUUCAUCCAUGCCGACCAGAUAUACCAACCCAAUCUAGUCCCACCUGCCAGCACCUGGCCCAUACCCCUCCAAAUCCUUCCUAUUCAGAUACCCAUCCAGAUGCCUCUUUAAUGUUGCAAUUGUACCACCCUCCACCACUUCCUCUAGCAGCUCAUUCCAUACACGUACCACUCUCUGCAUGAAAAAGUUGCCCCAUAGGCCUCUUUUACAUCUUUCCCCUCUCACCCUAAACCUAUGUCCUCUAGUUCUGGAUUCCCCCACUCCAGGGAAAAGACUUUGUCUAAUUAUCCUGUCUAUGCCCCUUAUGAUUUUAUAAACCUCUAUAAGGUCACCCCUCAGCCUCCAAUGCUCCGGGAAAACAGCCCCAGCCUAUUCAACAUCUCCCUAUAGCUCAAACCCUCCAACCCUGGUAACAUCCUUGUAAGACUUUUCCAAACCAUUUUGAGUUUUGCAACAUCCUUCCUAUAGGAAGGAGACCAGAAUUGCAUGCAAUAUUCCAAAAGUGGCCUAAACAAUGUCCUGUACAGCUACAACAGGACUUCCCAACUCCUGUACUCAAUGAAAUACAGGGAUUAGUUUAACAGGCAAUAUUAAGUAUUUUUGAGUGCCCAGAUACUAAGAUAAAAGUAUAUUGCUGUGAGUUCCUUUUAAGAUUCAGUGAAAAGCACCUGACCUUACAAACCAGCAAUGUCUCUGAAACAAACACAGAAAAUGCGGGAGAAACUCAACAAAUCUGGUAACAUAUGUGGAGAGAAAAACAGGGUUAAAGUUUCAAGUCCAGCGUGAAUUUUGUUCAGAAUGUCCAAAGCUGAGCCUCAAUAGAAAGAUAGUAAGGAACCCCAUUUCUACAGAGCUUUUCAUAAAUUCAGGAUGCAAAUUUUGAUCUUGGAGAUGUAUGUAAAUAGGGAAAUGUAAUAAUAAUGGGCUAUUUCAGCUUACACAUAGACUGGGUUAACGAGGGAGAGAUUGAAUGUGCUGGGGCUAUUUUCACUGGAGUGUAGAAGCUUGAGAGGCGACCUGAUAGAAGUUUAUAAAAUACUUAGAAAUAUAGAUAGAGUUAAUGGUAGUUGUCUUUCCCUAUGAUGGGGAAUUUUAAGACAUUUUUAAUGUUGUGGUUCUGUUCGCCGAG